AUGACUAGUCUCGCUUUGAAACAGCGCAAUCCAAACUUCACAGGAUUCUUUGUUCAGAUUUUCGAUGAUGUAUCUAACACUCAAGCGUAUGGGUCAACCAGAGAUGUCAAGCAUUUGAAUGACGAUGGAGCCUUUUAUCGCAGCCUACACUAG